CCAAGCGGCGAUGUCACUGCAAGGGGCAGUGUCUCUGAGCGGUGGAGCAAGGAGGACUCUGGGGCUAGGCGAGGAAAGGAAGGGGGCAACCGGAGCAGUGUGGCGAAGGGGCCCGAGAAAGCUAUCCGGCCGGAAGCAGCGAAGACCGACAGACAGACAGUUAGAGAGCUGGAGGCAAGCGGGGCCAGGAAGCGAGGUGGCGGAGACUUGCAUUCAAGGGAGUGUUCAGCCAUGCCCCAUAGCUCUGACAGCAGCGAUUCCAGCUUCAGCCGUUCACCUCCCCCUAGCAACAAGCAGGAUUCCUCUGACGACGUGAGGAAGGUUCAGCGAAGAGAGAAAAACCGAAUCGCAGCCCAGAAGAGCAGACAGAGGCAGACUCAGAAGGCAGACACCCUGCAUUUGGAGAGUGAAGAUCUGGAGAAGCAAAAUGCGGCUCUGCGCAAGGAAAUCAAGCAGUUGACGGAGGAGAUGAAGUAUUUUACCUCAGUCCUGAGCAGCCAUGAGCCCCUGUGCUCCAUCCUGACCACGACCCCCCCACCACCUCCCGAGGUGGUCUACAGUGCCCAUGCGUUCCACCAGCCCCACAUCAGCUCCCCACGCUUCCAGCACUGAGCCUGCCCGGUGGGGACAGAGAUAAAGGAAUUGGUGCCCAACCCUAGAGGUUGCUCCUGAGGCUUUCUGGAGAUGGGGUGCCCAGAGGAUGCUGGAAACCAUGAGGGGGGCACACCCGAUUGCAUCGACUG